AUGACUAUCAAACAAGAAAAGGUGGAUGAAGACCUCGAAGAAAUGACAAUUGGCCAUCCAAGUGAGAUUCUGAAAGAACAUCCUGAUGAAAAUAAAGCCCAAGUAGUCAAAGACGAUCAAAGGAAUAAUGUCAUGAAAUCCUCUUAUAACAGAGCCCAGGUGAUCAAAAGUAUUGGAAUGCUGGACAAGAGAAAUGACAAAGCAAAGGAGUUGGCAAGCAAACCAGAAAACAAUGGAUUAGUGCGAGACAUAAAGAAGGAGCACUAUCAAGAGAAGAUAUUGGUUGCUUCCGACAGCCCAAAUUCAUGUGAGAAAAUGACAAUUACAGAUGACAGAGCCAUAGUGCCCAAGGUCAUUAGUAACCAGAUCGAAGUAGAAGAUGAAUCAAAAAAAGGAAAUAAGUUGGUAAUGAGCCACGAACAAAACAAAGAACUUUUCAACUACCUGGCCUAUAGCACUUAG